UAAAAUAUGUUUUUAGCUACUACCUUUUACAAAAAAUAUUUUUAAAUUACAUUAAACUUACUAAAAAAUUUAGAAAAAUUUAUUUUAAUAUUUUAGUUGGAUUACCGAGUAAUUAUUGAAGUAUCAAGAGUUAUUAGUAUCUACAUACUAUUCUAAAGAAUCAUGACAAGUUCAGAAAAUAAAUCAUCAUCAAAAGAUUCUAACAACUCCAAAUUGUCAAAUAAAGAAAUUAGAGAAGAAUACUUUAACCAACUGCGUUCAUGGUUGAAUACAGUAAACAGUUAUCAGUGUUAUUACAAUAAAUUACAGCAAGAGUGUUUACAAAAAAACUACCGUCAAGUUUUAAAAAAUCCUAAUGAAGUUUCUAAAGUUGUGCCUAAUGCAGUACCUGAAACACCAAGUGUUAAUCAGUUUGUGGGGAUAAAAUGCCGAGUACCGUCUUUAUGGAAGCGUUUUGGAGCUGAAUUUAUUGAUUUUUUAAUAUUAAGUAUUGUUAAAUUCUUAAUUGCUUACUUUCUAGUAGAUUCAAUUCUUGAAAUCGAUUUCACUAAAUAUAACAGUAUUUUUACACGAGAGGAAGUUGAUUAUACUACAGCAGUAGAAAUGACAUCGGAACUAUUGUUUAUAGAAGUAGCACACCGAAUAAUAGUUUGUCUAUAUGAGGUAUGUUGUCUACAAGGUAGUACAAUAUUUCAAGGUGGAGCAACAGUUGGUAAAGCACUAUUAGAUAUUUCAGUUGUUCGAGCUGAUAAGCUAUUUUGUAUAAGAGGUCAACAAGCUGAUGUCAUUGCUUUAAUUCCUGGUGGCGAUAUUGGUUGGAAACGGGCAACACUUCGUUCAAUCACUAAAAAUUUAUUUUUUGCAUUCUUAUUUCCACUACCUUUUAUUACAGCAGCAGCCAAUCAAAAUAGAUGUGCAUAUGAUGUCUUGUGUGGAACGAUGGUUGUAGAAGUUAUACAACCACUUAGGUGUGAGCAAUCUGAACUUAUUCCUAUUGGGUAACAAGAUUGUCAAUUAAUAAAUAAUAAAUAAUAUGCAUUGAUUAUAACUUUAAAUAUAGGUUAAAUUAAAUAAUUUAAUAUUUUAUUAUAAAAAAAAUACUUAAUUGUUUGAAUUUUCUGUAUUUUAAGU